AUGCCGUAUCUUGUUCGUGAGAAUCUAUUCAUCGGCAACAUCGGCGAUGCAGCAGAGGUUCUCCAAAAUGGCAGCACAGAGAUCACACACAUUCUCUCAGUUCUGAGUUCUGCAUCAAUCUCGUUUUUCUCCGAAUGGAAGAAGGGUCUUACAAUUCCCACUAAGGAAAUCAAGAAGGUGUAUACUGGCGGGUCUGUUGGUGGGUCGGCUUCUGUGGACGAUUCUGGUGAUGGGUCGAAAAGUUGUUUGCUCUCGGAUAAGCUUUUGUACUUGUUGGAAUAUGCAGGCAAGGAUUUGAAGCUGGUGAGAAUGGGGGUUCCGCUGAGAGAUAUGGAGAAUGAGAAUUUAUUGGAUUAUUUGGAUGUCUGUUUGGAUUUUAUUGAUAAGAGUAGAAAAGAGGGGUCUGUUUUGGUGCAUUGCUUUGCUGGUGUUUCCAGAAGUGCAGCUAUCAUUACAGCAUAUCUGAUGAGAACAGAACAUUUAUCACAACAAGAUGCACUAGGAUCCCUGAGGCAAAGCUGUGAGUUUGUUUGCCCCAAUGAUGGUUUUCUAGAUCAGCUCAAAAUGUACGAGGAAAUGGGCUUCAAGGUUGAUCAUGCCAGCCCCAUAUAUAAGUCUUUUCGCCUGAAAGUAUUGGGCGAAUCUUAUCAUCGUGGGGAUAAAAUAGACAGUUCUAAAUUUGGGGCAGAUCCUGGGUUGCCUAUUGAAGUUGCCUCUGGAGUAGAAUCAGCUCAAAAUGGAGGAAAAACUGGUACACCAGCUUUCCGCUGCAAGAAAUGCCGAAGAGUUGUUGCAUUGCAGGACAAUGUUGUGGAUCACAUUCCAGGAGAGGGUGAAAAAUCGUUUGAGUGGCGAAAGCGAAAAAGUAGCAACUUGUCUGAGGAUUCUGAAUGUUCAUCCAUUUUUGUUGAGCCUCUAAGGUGGAUGACAGCAGGUAACUGUGCAAUAUUUAUAACUUUGAAGAAGGAGCACUGGAGGGCAAGUUGUCAUGUGCACAUUGUGAAGCUCGAUUGGGUUACUUCAAUUGGUCAGGCAUCCAAUGCAGCUGCGGGAGUUGGAUCACCCCCGCCUUCCAGCUUCAUAGAAGCCGUGUGGACGUCAGCACUGUCUAAUAUUUGUCAAGGCAAGGCCUGGGUUGAGGCCCCAUCAGGAUAA